UCGUCUCUCUUUCUUUCCUCUCUGCAACUUCGCUAAUCGACGGCUAAGAAAAGUAAUUUCAUCAGCUUCUAAGAUUCGUCAUGGCCGUCGAUAGCGGAAUGGAUCUGCUCAGCGAAAGAGCUGUGCUGAUGAGAGAGUCUCUCCAGAAGAGUCAAACCAUCACCGAUAAUGUCGUCUCCAUCCUCGGCUCCUUCGAUAGCCGUCUCUCUGCUCUCGAAUCCGCCAUGCGUCCCACUCAGAUUAGAACGCAUGCGAUAAGGAAAGCUCACGAGAAUAUCGAUAAGACUCUCAAAUCCGCUGAGGUUAUUCUCUCUCAGUUUGAUCUCCUCCGUCAGGCAGAGACUAAAGUACUCAAGGGGCCACAUGAGGACCUGGAGAGUUAUUUGGAGGCAAUAGCUCAACUCAGAAAAGUUAUUCGUUAUUUUAGCAGCAACAAAGGCUUUAAGAACAGUGAUGGAGUCCUCAACCAUGCAAAUAGCUUGCUUGCUAAAGCUCAGUCUAAGCUGGAAGAGGAGUUUAAACAAUUGCUAGUUUCUUACAGCAAAGCUGUGGAGCCUGAUCGCCUUUUUGAUGGCCUUCCUAACUCACUGAGACCAUCCGCUGACGGUGAGGGUAAUGGAAAAUCCCACGGAGGACACCACAACGAUGACUCAGAAACUGCUGCUUAUACACUUCCAGUCCUCAUUCCAUCAAGGGUGUUGCCACUUUUGCAUGAUUUGGCUCAGCAAAUGGUUCAAGCUGGUCACCAGCAAAUGCUGCUACAAAUUUAUAGAGAAACACGUACUUUUGUAUUGGAAGAGAGCUUAAGGAAAUUGGGAGUUGAAAAACUUAGCAAAGAGGAUGUUCAGAGGAUGCAGUGGGAAGUUUUGGAGGCCAAAAUUGGAAAUUGGAUCCAUUUCAUGCGCAUUGCUGUUAAAUUGCUCUUUGCCGGAGAAAGGCAAGUAUGUGACCAGAUAUUCCGAGGCUUCGAUUCUCUUAGUGAUCAGUGUUUUGCAGAAGUUACAGUGAGCAGUGUCUCAAUGCUACUUAGCUUUGGGGAUGCCAUAGCUAGGAGCAAGAGAUCUCCAGAAAAGUUGUUUGUACUCUUAGACAUGUAUGAGAUAAUGCGGGAGCUUCAUACAGAGAUUGAGACAAUUUUCAAAGGUAAAGCAUGCCUUGAAAUUAGAAACUCUGCUACGGGGUUGACAAAGCGGCUGGCGCAGACUGCUCAGGAAACAUUUGGUGACUUCGAAGAAGCUGUAGAAAAAGAUGCUACAAAGACUGCUGUUCUAGAUGGGACUGUCCACCCGCUAACAAGCUAUGUUAUCAAUUAUGUCAAGUUCUUAUUUGACUACCAAGCGACUUUGAAGCAACUUUUCUCGGAAUUUGGAAAUGGAGAUGACUCGAACUCUCAGCUUGCAUCCGUAACAAUGAGGAUAAUGCAGGCGCUUCAAAACAACCUGGAGGGAAAAUCGAAACAGUACAAAGAUCAAGCACUGACACACUUGUUCUUGAUGAACAACAUACAUUACAUGGUUAGAUCUGUGCGCAGGUCAGAAGCCAAGGAUUUGUUAGGCGAUGAUUGGGUUCAAAGGCAUAGGCGUGUCGUUCAGCAACAUGCAAACCUAUACAAAAGGACUGCUUGGACAAAGAUAUUACAAACCUCGUCGGCGCAAGGGUUGACCUCAUCCGGAGGAGGAAGUGUAGAGGGAGGAAACAGCAGCGGAGUUUCAAGAGGGUUAUUGAAAGAGAGGUUCAAGAUGUUCAAUAUGCAAUUUGAUGAGUUGCAUCAAAGACAAUCGCAAUGGACAGUUCCAGACACAGAGCUCAGAGAGUCACUAAGACUUGCUGUUGCUGAAGUAUUAUUGCCUGCUUACAGAUCAUUCCUUAAACGCUUUGGGCCUCUGGUUGAGAGUGGGAAGAAUUCUCAAAGAUACAUAAAGUAUACAGCUGAAGAUCUUGAGAGAUUGCUGGGUGAGUUGUUUGAAGGAAAGUCUAUGAAUGAACCACGACGGUAAAAAUCAAACAAACCGAAGCUAAUUGUGUAAGGUAAAUUUCUGUCAAACUACUUCUCUUCUGUCAACAAUUCGUGUUUGUUUGUUUGUAUUUUUCUUAGUGAUGAGUGUGUAAAUUACUUGGAAACGAUUUAUUUCUCUUUUGUAUAACGUUCACGUUUUGAAAUAAGCAUGGCUUACAUAUCUGUCUGUA